AUGGGUACACAGUCGGCGAUUGAUGUCCUCGAUGCAAUCGAAGAUGAGGACGCAGUUGUGGAUAAAAUCUUUAUUGCUCCACCCGUGGUCAGUUUGGAGUCUAACGAAGACACGGGCGAGGAAGACUGCAGAGGAACGUUCAAUAAUCUCUCGGGACGGCAGCUUAGCGCUCCCGCCGUGGUGGUCCUCGCCGACGGACGUGUGAUCGGAGAUGAUGAUGAUGGCGACACUGAGGAAGAAGAGGAGCCCCAACAGGCCUCCACCUCAAAGAAACGCUCGCAGAAAGAUGCGUUGGACUACAAUUGGACCAACAGUAAAACGCGCCUGACAAUAUUCCCGGACGCCAGGCCUCUCGCCGUCCCCACAAUUUUGCCUCACCUUGUUCGAGAGACCAUCAAGUAUGCGGCAGUGACUGACUCCAACCUCCAGCUCACCAUCGGAGAAUUGAAGCGCGUGGUGGGGAUCUUGCUGCUCUCGGGUUACCACCAGCUCCCCAGUCGCCGACACUACUGGAACACAGAUGAAGAUCUCCAUUGCGCCCUCGUCGCUGGGGCCAUGUCACGCAACAGGUUCGAGGAGAUCAUCCGCUACAUUCACUGUGCCGACAACGCGCACCUGAACAGCAGCGACCGGAUGACAAAGCUGCGUCCCAUGAUGGACAUCCUCAACGCUCGGUUCGGGGAGGCGUAUCCAAUGGACUGCAAUCUUGAUCUGGACGAGGCAAUGAUUGAAUACUUUGGAAGACACGGAUGCAAGCAAGCAAUCCGAAACAAGCCGGUGCGGUUCGGCUUCAAGGCCUGGUGCCUGAACAGUGGGACCAACGGCUUCCUGCUCCACUUCGACAUCUACCAGGGGGCGAGUGUAGAUGCCUCUGAAGUGGAACGCAAGUUCGGCAAGGGCGGUGGCACGCUCCUUCGACUUCUGGACAACCUCCCCGAUGCUGUGCGUGCACUUCCGCUACGCAUCUACAUAGACAACUACUUCACCGGCCUCCCGCUAGUUGCAGAGCUGCGCAGGCGGGGCUACGCUUAUCAGAAGGCUAUGAAGAGGAAGCCGCGUGGUGCCGUGUCUGUCGUGUACGACACGGCAUACAAGAUUGCGCUCACUCGGUGGAAGGAUAACGCCGUGGUCACCAUCGCCUCCACCCUCGCCGCUGAGCAUCCUCUGCAGAAGGUGUCACGCUGGUCAAGGCAGGAGAAGAAGAAGGUGGCAGUGGACCAUCCAUUUGUUGUCCAGCUGUACAACCGCAGCAUGGGCGGCACGGACCGCGCCGACCAGAGCAUCGGGCUCUACCGCAUCAACAUGCGCCGGAAGAAGUGGUGGUGGCCGAUAUUCACCUGGAUGCUGGACGCGGCCGUCUUCAGUGCAUGGGUGCUGCACCGGCUGGGUGCUGCACCGGCUGGAUGA